AUGAGGUGGAGAUACUUUCUUGUCAUUGACCUCUUUGGAUCGAUAUCAGUUACAUACAUAUCUGAUACCUAUCGUGGUCUUGAUUUUCCAAUCGAGGGAUGUAUAGUCGUCCAUUGUCCCAAAUGUAGUACUUACCUCAAACCAACCUCAAACUUACCUCGUUCACUGCACCUGCACAAGAAAUACGGCAUUGUUAUCCUUUUCUCCCACUCUCCUAGCGCCCUCAUCUUUGGCGCAAUCAAUACCUUAUACCACAUCAAGGACGCAAACAUGGAACCCCAUAACUACUGGACACCCAAUUCCCUGCUUUUUGGAACCCCCAAGCCAGCAACAAGCAAACGUGGCCUUAAAUUACCAACCCAUCCGCAGAACGGUCUAGGCUAUUUUGCCUUUGCUCCAGUUGUUGACGUGGAGCCUUCAUUUAAUUCGGAAGAUGCCUCCUUAGCCAAACAAGCGGAGGAACGACGUUUACGAGAUGAAGCAGAGCAGAAGAAACGCGACGAAGAGCUGGAUCGGGAAUGGCAGCUGGAGGAAGAGAGGCGUUUGCAGCUUCGUGCACGCGAGGCGGAGGAAGCAAGGCGGGGAGAGGAAAGUUGGGUCCGCAGUGGAGGCAUUCUACGCGACACAAAUGGAAGAAGGGAUAUGGUGCGGACACAAGCUAUACGAGAUGAAUUGAAACUCCGUGAGGAGGAGAAGUCAUUAAUGGACCGCUGGAAGCGCUAUGAAGCGGACUGGGCAAAGUUGCUAGAACAGGCGAAAUUGAGUCCUAGCAGGACCAUUAAAUUUCGCGACAUACCCUGGCCGAUAGACUUGACGGACAAGAGCCCUUUGUCGCUUCAACUUUUGACGCCCGAGAACGUGGAGGAAUUUCUUCUUGGCGUUUUAAAGGUUCGGGGUUAUGGCGUCACGAAGAAGGAACGAGUGCGAAGUUCAUUAUUACGCUGGCACCCGGACAAGAUGACCGUGGUCGUCGCAAAGGUGGCUCCGGAGGACGUUGAUGUUGUUCUACAUGGGAUUAACUCGGUGAUGUUGGUCCUUCAGAGAUUGAAUGCUACGUUGUAA